AACAGGCAGCCUUGACCGAGUUUCUAGCUGAUGUUUCCUGAGCGGGAAGUAUAGUUGUAACGUCAUUGGACACUAUGCUUACAAGCUGUUUCAAAUGUAUACUUAGCUAGUAGCCGCAGAUAUGGCGAUGCAGACAGUCAACAUCAUUACAUAGUGUUCUCUACUCAAGUUAAACCAUCGAUAGCCAGCAGUCCGCAUCGAUCGCUUCCUUGGUUAGCUAGAUAGCUGCUAACGUCAGCUGUGUAGAUGAAGGAGGCCCUAUCAGAGAUCAUCCAGCUGGCCACGGUGGACUCUGAGCCCUGGGUACUGAUGGUGGCAGACAUCCUAAAGUCCUUCCCUGAGACGGGCUCCCUCAACCUGGACCUGGAGGAGCAGAACCCUAAUGUACAGGACAUCCUGGGGGAGCUCCGGGAGAAAGUGAGUGAGUGUGAGGCGUCAGCCAUGCUCCCUCUGGAGUGCCAGUACCUAAACAAGAGCGCCCUGACCACGCUGGUGGGCCCACUCACGCCCCCCGUCAAACACUUCCAGCUGAAGAGGAAGCCCAAGAGUGCCACGCUCAGGGCAGAGCUGCUGCAGAAAUCCACAGAGACGGCUCAACAGCUGAAGAAGACAGCGGGAGUGCCUUUCCACGCCAAAGGAAGAGGCCUGGUCAAGAAGAUGGACACCACCACACCCCUGAAGGGGAUCCCCAAAGCCCCGUUCCGCAGCCCCACCACCCCCAGCAUGUUCAGCCCCCCCAGCAACCGCACACCCAUCGCCCCAGCACGGACACCCCUGCGCAAGGAGAGGGGGGUCAAGUUGUUAGACAUCUCAGAGCUGGAUAUGGUGGGAGCUGGUAGAGAGGCAAAGAGGAGAAGAAAGACUUUGGAAACAGAGGCUGGGGAGAAAGCUGCUAAAGAGGAGGCUGUGGUGGAGAACGCUACACCAGACUAUGCUGCUGGACUGGUAUCGACACAGAAACUGGGUGCGUUGAACAACGAGAGUGCUCUGCCGUCUACGAGCUACCUGCCGUCCACCCCCAGUAUGGUCCCCUCCUCCUCCUACAUUCCCAGUUCAGAGACACAGCCAGCGAACGCAGGUGGUUUGGGACGUGAUGCCCUGCAGUCGGGUCGCCAGCCUGAGGAGUCAGCCACGCCCGGCGCUGCCGCCACCACCACCCUCCCGGGCCAGUUCAAACAGAGGACGCCCAUGUAUAAUGCCAGCAACACUGCAACCAGCCCCACCGCCCCCGCCUCGCCCAGCACGCCAGCCAGCACCCCUGCCAGCAGCAACGGCCCCUCGGCCGCCGCCACCGCCACGCAGCCCGAGACCCCCACCACACAGCCCCCAACGCCCACGCCCCAGCAGCCCCAGCCCAAGAAGAACCUCUCGCUCACGAGAGACCAGAUGUAUGCUGCUCAAGAAAUGUUCAAGACGGCCAACAAGGUUACCAGACCAGAGAAAGCACUCAUCCUGGGCUUCAUGGCUGGAUCCAGAGAGAACCCGUGUCCUGAGCAGGGGGACAUUAUCCAGAUAAAGCUGAGUGAACACACAGAGAUCCUGCCCAAGGCAGAUGGCACGGGCAGCACCACCAUGCUGGUGGACACAGUGUUUGAGAUGAACUACUCCACAGGACAGUGGACCCGGCUCAAGAAGUACAAACCAAUCACCAACGCCUCCUGAGGUGGCUGCUGGCCUGCCUGUCGGGACUAAACAUACAUGCAUACAUGCAUGCAUCAACACACAGACCAAAUCCUCCUCUGGUGGACAGGGACUUGUCACACAAACACACUUGUGCAUACACAUGGGCCAAAUUCAGUGCGUGAGGGGCUAGGGAGGAUUGCGUGGGAGGGAUAGGGGGUACAGGUUAAGGGGGGUAUGGCUCACUCUUUCAAAGUUCCUGCAUUGACAGGCAGGGGUAUCCUCAAGACUUUUCCCCCCAUUGGUUUGUUUUUCUGUUCUGUUUUGUCCCCUCAGAUUCCUGAAUGUUUGUUAAGGGGAGGGGUACAAAGUUGUACCUUAUUUUGAUAAGACAACUGUUAACACUUGCUUUACUAUUAAAGGUACAAGCAUGCCACAUUA